CAAAAAGACAUCAAGGCUAUCCACGUUCUAUCACAUUAUCCAAAUUCCAUAAAUAAAAUCCCCCACCUUUCUAUUUUUUCCCCCCUUUAUUUUCUCAUAAUUACUAAAUUAAUAUUCCUAGUAAUUUUCCUUCAUUUAAUUUCUUCCUUGUUUCUAAACCAUGGAUAAACAUGAUCAUCAACCAAUCUCGACCGAUGAUUUUAAAACACCCCUUCUCCCAAUCAAUCUCAACGAUACUAAUGAAGAGGGUUCAUCUUCCGUUAUCAUGUCCCUUGCCACACCCAAUACAUUCUUCAUCCUUCUAGGACCUUUGUUAUGUGGAGCAAUAUGCUUAUGGUUGAAAGUUGGUGAAUUGGACUCAAGUAGAAACAUGUUAGGUAUCCUUGCAUGGAUUUUUACGUGGUGGCUAACCGAGGCGGUCCCUAUGCCGGUCACCUCCAUGUCGCCGUUGUUUCUUUUUCCGGUCUUCGGAAUCUCGUCGGCCGAUGUGGUUGCCAAGUCUUAUAUGGAUGAUGUGAUUUCUCUUGUGCUUGGUAGCUUCAUUCUUGCUCUUGCUGUUGAGCAUUAUAAUAUUCAUAAGAGGUUGGCCUUGAAUAUUACUCUAUUAUUUUGCGGGGACCCAGUAAACCCUCCGCUUUUACUCCUAGGCAUAUGUGCCACGACGGCAUUUGUGAGCAUGUGGAUGCACAACGUGGCGGCGGCCGUGAUGAUGAUGCCCGUAGCCACAGGUAUCCUACAACGACUUCCAACGACAAGGAGAGUAGGGCAACAAACCGACGCCGUGGACAAGUUUUGUAGGGCAGUAGUGUUGGGGGUGAUAUACUCUGCGGCUAUCGGUGGAAUGUCCACGUUGACAGGUACAGGUGUCAAUCUGAUAUUGGUUGGGAUGUGGAAGAGUUAUUUUCCUGAAGCGGGCCCCAUUAGCUUCAACACUUGGUUCUUCUUUGGGUUUCCUUUGGCACUCGUCAUCUUCUUCUUUAUGUGGCUCAUUCUUUGUUGCUUGUAUUGCAAAAAAGGCGCGUCAAGGGCACUUUCUAAUUACUUGGAUAAGGCUCAUCUUAAAACAGAACUCGACUUGCUAGGUCCAAUGUCCUUUGCAGAAAAGAUGGUGUUGUUUGUCUUCUCGGGGCUAAUAGUGCUAUGGAUGACAAGGAACUUGACAGAUGAGCUUCCUGGAUGGGGAGCUCUUUUUAAAGGGAGAGCUGGUGAUGGCACUGCUAGUGUGUUGAUGGCAACUUUGUUAUUCAUAAUACCAAACAAGAGACGAAAGGGAGAAAAACUAAUGGAUUGGAACAAAUGCAAGAAACUGCCUUGGAACAUUGUCCUCCUACUAGGGGCCGGUUUUGCUAUAGCAGAAGGAGUACGUUCAAGCGGCCUAGCAGAUGUGUUGUCCAAGGCGUUAGACUUUCUUGAGGCCGCCCCGUUUUGGGCGAUCUCCCCAGCAGUGUGUCUCAUAGGUGGAGUCAUAACCGAGUUCACCUCUAAUAACUCCACCACGACAUUGUUGGUCCCGUUACUUAUUCAAAUUGCACAAACAAUGCACUUGCACCCACUGUUACUCAUGGUCCCUGGUGCAAUUGGAGCCCAAUUUGCUUUCUUGCUUCCUACUGGAACCCCUUCGAAUAUUGUUGGGUUUUCUACUGGCCAUAUUGAGAUCAAAGAUAUGCUGAAAGUUGGCCUCCCUUUGAAGAUUUUUAGCACCAUUGCUCUGUCUCUUCUAAUGCCUACUCUUGGAGCCUAUGUUUUUGGAACCGAUAAAUUGAUGAAGUAUCCAUUAACUUGGCGCAGUUUACAAGCAUUGUAACAUUGAACUCCUCCACACACACACAUAUAUAUAUGGCCAACAUCUUUGGCUGUUUAAUUUCUAGUUCUAUACUUUUGUGUACGUAUAUAAACUUUAGCAUCAAUGAAUUAAGAGUCAAAGAUGUGCAUUAUAGUGUAAAUUAUUUUUAUCACCCUUAGCCGUGCUGGGAGAAAUUGUACUCACUGCGCGGCGUCCUUAAGGGUAUAUCAGGCUAUGUUUUAUACCAUGCAGCUAACUUAAAUGAUUGGUUAGCUUGUAAAUUUUUUACGCUCGGUUUGAGUAGUCUACUAGGAGGAUCAGACCGUAGCUAUACCUUGUAAUGGUCCUGGAAGAUCCAAAAGCAUCUCCUGGUUUAUUUAUAUUUGGCAAUGUAUAAAGUAAAGUUUAUUUCACAUCAAUCAAUUUUUUCUACAUUUAUAAGUCA